UUGAUACUGAGGAAAUUGAGAGGGUAUGUUUAGCUUCGAGGAAGAAGACUUCUGGAAAUCACAUAUGAUCUCUGGUUUCCCUCUCAGCACCCUCAAGAAUGUAGAGCUCAACUGGCUCAGUAGAAGCAGAAACGAGGUCCUUAGAUGGCCAAGCUCUUGUUAAAGAAUGCUGAGGUGCUGACUGCUGCAAGCGAUCGAUGUCCAUCCGUUCCAUUCCAAAUGCUCAACCAAAGGAUUACUUUAGAGCUUCCAACUACACAACUACUUCGAGUUGAAAUUUUCCAACAGCUUCUCCAUAUUUUCGUAUAGUGUUCUUGUAAAAUCUGAUUGUCGUAGUAAUGCUUUCAGAGUUCAGCGCUUAAAAUUCUGGUGAUGGUUUGUGAUGAACCUGCUGUGCCUUACCUUUCAGUUCACCUUCGCUCGUCAAUAAUACAGACGGUAGUAUUUCCUGCAUCUCUGAAAUUUGCCAACUUCCUCACAAAAUCCUCUUCCUCUCUUUCAGAGAACUGAACCUGGACAGCCCUCUUGUUCAAAAUAUUUAAAUUAGGAGAACCCAAAUUUAGUACUCUGUUUCUCCCUAAUAUCCAAGAGCUGUGAACUUGGGUCGUCUCGGAGCUUCCGAAAGGCAUUAAUGGCAGAAAUAAACUUGAAUUUCCUUAGAUAUUCUUGGGCUAGAGGGAUUACAACAAGCCAAAUGAACGUAACUCCGGCCACAAAAAAUGGGUUUCGGUUGAAGAAAUCGUCAAUUGAAAUUAGAACUGAUUCCAGGUUGAUCUUAUUCGACACCUGCUCAGCGGAAAUACUGGUUUCAGUGGCAUGCAGGGGAAAGAGCACAAACUACCAUGAAAGCGAAGGGUAGUUGAAGUUUCAGAGAAUUUCGCAAGAAAGAAACUGCUUUGCAGACUGAAUAGCGGUUAUCUAGGCGAUUUAGAAGAUGGGUAAUCGUAAUUUCGGCACCAAGUUCCAUCUGUCUGAUCAAAAGAUGGUCUUCAGGAAAGGAAGAAUGAGGGAGGCAUGAUUUGAGUUCAGGGGUGGUGGGGGAAUGCAACCGACCUGCAACCAAACGUCGCCGGUGGACCUGCAACUAAAUGCCGCCGCUGCCUGUUGCUGUAGGGUUUCGAAUGAAAGGAGAAGAUGAUAAAUUCGAGUGGGGGUACCUCUUUUUUACCAAACAGCCAUAAAUAUUAAAAAUCACUUAAUGUGUGAUCCCAUGGAAUACUUAUUUAAGUGUUUUCAAACACUACCUACAUCUUGGUUCUUAGUCAAAUUACAACUCUACAUCGAUCUCCCCUCGGCCCUCCAGUCGCUAACUCGGGAUCUGCUGCUGCUCAUUUAAACAACCCAUGAAAAAUGGUUGCCAACAAAGCCUUACUUCUCCGUUAGUUCUCCCCUUACCGUAUAUGUAUGUUUUCUGCUCCAAUCGCUUUCACCCAAGUGUAGAAGUUCUCAGACGCCGAGCACCUAGUACUGCCUGCGAUUUGUGACUUGAAGAAACGAAACGAGAAUGGCUGCAAGUAGUUUGGUCACAGAAGCAGUGUGGAAGGAAAUUGUAUCGACCCGUUCAGUGACAGACGAUCAACUCUCAAUCUUGCACUUCCUGUUCGGAAAGAACUUUGAGAGAGCAACCAGGAUAGUUGAUCAGAGAGGUGUCAAGAGGAUUUCUGGUGAACUCAGUGGUCGUUCUGUCUUCCAGGUAACAGGAGAAUCCAGGAAGAAGGAGGAGUAUUUCUGUUUUCCCGAGCACUACUGUGCCUGCUAUUCUUUCUUCUAUGAUGUUGUCAACAGGGGAGAACAGAUUUGUUGUAAGCAUCAAUUAGCUGCACGGCUUGCUGUUUCAGUAGGAGCAUGCGUGGAAGUCAAGGUGUCUGAUGAGCAACUAGCACUACUGCUUUCCAAAUUUUGAUAUCUUUGGACAGUACUGAAAUUUUUAAUUGAGAAGGUAUUGAAAGACAAAGUUGACUUGUUUGUCUCUUGGGGAUUCAAGACUCACUAUGGAUGUUUUUGGUUCAGAAGGUCAAAUAAACAGAGGAUUGAGUGCCAUUAAUCAGCAACCAAUGCUGAUUCGUGUCCCUUUCUCUGUCUUCUUAAUGUAUUCCGAGGAGAGUAUGGAUCAGUAGUCCAAAUCUUUUUUAAGUUGUAGCUUGUAUGUUUCAGUUAGGGCGUCUGAUCUUUUGUACUAGUUGAUACCAAACAAAAAUGUUUCUUCAUGGCUUUGGAGGUAUUAUGGAGUGUAAAUGAAGCAAGGGUUCCAAGAUGCUUGGUUUAAAUACUCUGUGACACUGUAUUAUCUGCUCCUUAUGAGUCUUUUAUGGGAUGUUCACAGUUGAACUUCA